GGCUCCAUCGGCCUGGCGUCUCCUAGCCUCGGCGUCGUCGCGGCCGCCCCCGUGGCCGUGCAGCAGGUGCAGCAGGCCGUGCCGCACACCGUCAGCACCGUGAUCCGGCGCGUGCCGGUGUCCGUCCCGCAGCCCUACCCCGUGGUCAUCAACCGCGCCGUGCCCGUGGCCGUGCCCCAGCCCUACCCCGUGGCCGUGCCCCGCGCGGUGCCCGUCGCCGUGCCCCAGGCCGUUCGCGUGGACGUCCCCCGCGCCGUGCCCGUGGCCGUCCCGCGCGCCGUGCCCGUGUCCGUGCCUCAGCCCGUGUACGUCAGGGUGCCCCAGCCCGUGCAGGUGAGCGUGCCUCAGCCCUACCCCGUGUCCGUGCCGCAGCCCUACCCCGUCGCCGUGCCGCAACCCCUGGCCGCCGUUCGCCAUGUCCCCACCGUCGCCGUCGCGCAGCCCGCCGUCGCCGUCGCGCAGCCCACCGUCGCCGUCAGCAGCUCCAGCAUCGGCCUGGGCUCUGGCCUCGAUGUCGGUUCCUACGACCUCGGCUCCGGCAUUUCCAUUGGCUCCUCUGGCCUCGGACUUCACUCCGGCCUCGGCUCCAGCAUCGCUAUUGGAUCGUCCGGGCUCGGCGGCUACGGCCUCGGCGACAGCGGCCUCCUCGUCGGCGGCCACGGAGUCUCCCUCGGGGCGAGCAAGGUGCUGUCCUACGGCCACUAAGUUGCUGCAGGGAAGAGAUGAAGUUUUCUAGUCUUUCAACAAGUCGGGCUCACGUCAUCAUGCCCUCCGCUGAUUUGUCACCAGUUCACGCCAGUUCGAUGGCCGAUCCUCUCUUCACCCGGACAGCGCGUAUGUACCAAAGAAUUUGGUCUCAUCGCUGUGAUUCACGUCACUUUUAAAGAAGAAACACGAUGAAAGAAUCAAACAUUGUAAUGUGAUCUUCCCGUAAGAACGUUCAUAAAGGGAUUGUAUGUAAAUAAAUGGUGACGUUAAAAAUC